UGUCUAGGAAUCAUUUCUUAUUACAUAAAUAUAUAUUUAUAUAUUAUAUACUUUGUCAAACUCUACCACUUUCUUUACGAGAGAAAAGUUUUCUCAGAACACAGAGACUUUGAUCAUCGUAGAGAGGAGGAGAGAGGAGUAGAAAAUCAUGUCGACACUUUCUUCUUGUAAUCAUUCUCUCCUUCACGUCACAAGUACCUCCCGCAGAUCAUCAUAUAAUCGGCCCUCAAGCCUCAAUCUCUCAGGGGGUCUCACCUGUCACUUUCUUGGAAAUCAGAAGCUCCAAUCGCUCAAUACUUGCCUUCUGCAAAUAGUACAAAAUGGCGGUAGAAGCACAAAGAUGGAUAUGAAAGUCAACAACGAUAUUUUGCCCGACAUUCCUCAACUUCCUUCCAAUUCUGAUCCUGGUUCUUGGAAAUUAUGGCUUGUGGGAGUUUUUAUGUCAGUGAUUAUACCCUUUUGGAAGAACAAAUGGAGCCCUCUACAGAAAAUACAACAGAAAGUGGAGAGAGUGGUGGAUACAGCACAAGCAGUGACAGAUAUGGUGGAAGAUGUGGCAGAAGAAAUAGAGAAAGUGGCUGAUAGUCUUGGGGAUAAUCUUCCAAAGGGAAAGCUUCAAGAAACUGCUCUGCUUGUUGAAGAAAUGGCCAGCCAAACUGUUGACAACAUCAAUCGUUUGGAGGAGGUCCUUGAGAAGGCAUUAUCAGAGCAACAGGAAUCUUACAUUAUUUCGUUUUGCAAUAAUGGGCAUUGGGGGAGACUUCUUUGGUGCUUCCCAAUUAGGUUGAGGAGGUGGAGAACAAGGUAGAGGAAUUCCUUGAAGAAAAAAUGAAAGAAGAAGAAAAUGAUAAGAAGAAGUCAACAAAGGAAGAGAAAAGUGUG